ACUCUGCUUGCUGUCCCGCCAGUGUGUCCGUCAGUGCCAGCCUCCGCCCCCCGCCCCGGCCCCGGCCCCCGCCGCUCCGAUGGCUGAGCUGCGGCCUAGCGGCGCCCCCGGCCCCGCCGCUCCCCCGGCCCCAGCCCCAGCUCCGGCCCCCGGCCCCGCUGCACCCCCGGCCUUCGCCUCACUCUUUCCCCCGGGGCUACACGCCAUCUAUGGCGAGUGCCGCCGCCUCUACCCCGAGCAGCCCAAUCCGCUGCAGGUCACCGCCAUCGUGAAGUACUGGUUGGGUGGACCAGAUCCCUUGGACUAUGUUAGCAUGUACAGGAACUUGGGAAGUCCAGGUGCAAAUGUCCCUGAACACUGGCACUACGUUAGCUUUGGACUGAGUGAUUUAUAUGGCGACAACAGAGUCCACGAAUUUACAGGAACAGAUGGACCCAGUGGCUUUGGCUUCGAGUUGACAUUUCGACUAAAGAGAGAAACAGGAGAGUCAGCUCCACCCACGUGGCCAGCAGAGUUAAUGCAGGGCUUGGCCAGAUAUGUGUUCCAGUCAGAAAACACCUUCUGCAGUGGUGACCAUGUAUCCUGGCAUAGCCCUUUGGAUAACAGUGAGUCAAGAAUCCAGCACAUGCUCCUGACUGAGGACCCCCAGAUGCAACCUGUGCAGACUCCCUUUGGGUUGGUUAUCUUCCUCCAGAUUGUUGGUGUUUGCACAGAAGAGCUACAUGCGGCCCAACAGUGGAAUGGGCAGGGCAUCCUUGAGCUACUUCGAACCGUCCCUGUAGCUGGUGGCCCCUGGUUAAUAACUGAUAUGCGAAGAGGCGAGACCAUAUUUGAGAUUGAUCCACAUUUGCAACAGGAGAGAGUUGAUAAAGGGAUCGAGACAGACGGCUCCAAUCUGAGUGGAGUGAGUGCCAAGUGUGCCUGGGAUGAUCUGAGCCGACCCCCUGAGGACGACGAUGACAGCAGGAGUAUUUGUAUUGGGAUGCAGCCUCGGAGACUUUCUGGGAAAGAUACAGAGCAAAUCAGAGAGACCCUGAGGAGGGGACUAGAGAUCAACAGUAAACCUGUCCUCCCUCCAAUCAACACCCAGCGGCAAAAUGGCCUAAAUCAUGACCGAGCACCGAGUCGCAAGGACAGUUUAGAAAGCGAGAGCUCAGCAGCUAUUAUCCCCCAUGAGUUAAUUCGCACACGACAGCUUGAAAGUGUACAUCUGAAAUUCAACCAGGAGUCUGGAGCACUUAUUCCACUUUGUCUGAGGGGCAGACUGUUACAUGGACGGCACUUUACAUAUAAGAGUAUUACAGGGGAUACAGCCAUCACAUUUGUAUCGACGGGAGUGGAAGGCGCGUUUGCCACCGAAGAGCAUCCAUAUGCAGCCCAUGGACCCUGGUUACAAAUUCUGUUGACUGAAGAAUUUGUAGAAAGAAUGCUGGAAGACUUAGAAGAUUUGACUUCUCCAGAGGAAUUCAAACUUCCCAAGGAGUACAGCUGGCCAGAAAAGAAACUGAAAGUCUCCAUUUUGCCAGAUGUUGUGUUUGACAGCCCACUGCACUAGCCCUGAAUUCAGCCCCUUCCUUCAGACGACCAUGAGAGCUCGGCCUAGCUCCCAAGUGACUCAACAGUGUAAUGAUUGCAGUAAAAAACGAUUCCUGCAAAUAAAAGGAAAAGAGAGAGAGGAUUACUGCACAGCCACUGCAGCCCACAAUGGGGUGCAUAAACCGGGACUGGCCCCAGCUCCCCUCCACCUCACCUCUUAUCUGGGGGCCAGGCCACUCCAGGCCCAUUAGGAGUGAAUGAGACCUUGUUCCGGCCCAGCUCAGGUCCCACCAGACCAAAUGAGUGGCUAAUGACACUGUCAUUCCACCUCUGGUUUGGAGAUAUGACUGUAGGACCCCUGACUUUCCCACAAGCUGUCUGACCUCACUCAUCUAUGCUUGCCCACUUCUGCAGGUCUGGGGAAGAGCCCUAGACCCACGGAUUAAAUGCGCUGGCUCCUCCUGACUCUGGAAACCUUUUGUUAGUCAAAUUCCUCCUGGCUACAGAACAAUUCCUCCGAGUAUGUUUGGGUUUUUUUGUUUUGUUUUGUUUUUUGUAUUUUAUUUUUUAGAAACCAUAUGGUAUUUAAUUGCUCCACAAAGGUGUCUAGAAGCUGUCAUGCAUAUUGGUUUUGUUUUUGUUUUAAAUGGAACUGGUUUUCAAGUUGAACUUUCUUCUCUUGGAAAAGGACAAGGGAUACCUAGCCUUUCCCCCUCCCACAUCCCCCCAACCAGCCAAGUCACUAGAAGGUGCUUAGUGUUUGCCUGCCAAUGAGUAGCUACUGUAGGGCCUUUUGGACAGAAGGACUUUUCUUCACCAGCUCAGAAGCCGUUGUGGAUCCAUUAGAAGGGUGUUCAGAAGCAGGAGGCAUCUAGGUAGGAGUAGGGUGAAGCUAUGUCUCUAGAGACCUGGGACCCCCUGAUGUGAUACUAGGCCCUGGCCCAACCCUUACUAGAAAAGGCUGUGUUCUUUGCCAGGUGGGUUGGGCUCCAGAAGCCUCAGGGAGCCCCUUGGCCUAAAACUGGCGCCUGUGAGGCAUGAGGACUGCAGCCAGCACUGCCCAGACUCUUGGAAACUUGGAGAAGAUAUCAGCCUCGACUUCUCAGUGGGCUUCUCACUCUAACUGGGGCCAGCCUAGGAGAGGGAGAGUCUCAGCCCCUGCAGGCACCUCCCCCACCUCCAGCUAGCUCAGGGUUUGUGUGACCUUUUAGGUCCCCAUUCUCUUCCCUCCUUUCUGAUCUCAUCUUCCCUCAGGCCCCCACAGCUCCAGGCUCUAGGAAUUUCUAGUUUAUUAAAAGCUAAAAAAUAAACUUCCAACAUCUGUCUUGUUAUCAUUUUGCAACAGCACAUUCCACCUCCUCCUCCCUUCUUCCUAAAUUCAUUUCCUUUAUUUGUUCCUCUUUCUCUCAUCUUUCCCCCUAGCCCUCUGUCUUCUUGUGUACUUUUUUCCUUUGCCCCUAUAUCUCAGCCCUUUCUCUACAUCUCUGACCUCUUUCUUCUACUGUAUUUCUGGCUUCUUUCCCACUAACAUCCUCUGCUUUAUUCUGUAUCUCUAGUCUUUUUCCCUUCACUUCUGUCCCUCUCUCCCUAAAUCUCUGGCUUCUCCCCCUGCAUUUCUGGCCUUUCUCCCAUUAACAUAUUUUUGUCUUUUCCUUGUAUCCCUGGCCUCUAUCUUCCUGCAUCUCUGGCUUCAAGCCCUUUUGCCCUGAAUGCGCAACCUGCCCCCCCCCAAUAUCUCUAGUUCCUCCCUCCCUUUAUCUCUGACUUCUCAUCACUAGUACUCUUUCUCCUGUCACUCCCCAAGUACCUGACCCGUCAUCCUCACGUGACCUUCUUUGUUUCCUGCAUCAGGACACAUCACCACCACCUCCAGUUCUAGCCUCCCAAGGCCUCCUUUAGGUUCCCUCCCACCCCAGACCUGAAUGAAGCUGUUUUAGCAAUGGAAUUAAGGGACCAUUUCUGGCACCAUCCAACACACACCUCCAUAACAUGAGAAGCAUACCAUAAGCCAUGACAUCCAUCAUAGCUCACAGAAAGCUGGCACAAGAGAUGACUACCCCUCCAAUGCCCAGCUAGGCAAAAAAUUUCCCUGAGCACUUCUCUAGGGGAUUGAAGAGAUGAAGACUGAUGCCAAAGAUCGGAAGAAGAAGGUUGAUGUUAAAUAGUCUCCAAGAACCCUUUUUCCUAAUGGUCUCCAGAAUGGCUAUGGUGAGUGAGACUUAGUCUUGUGGACUAUUAAUGAACCUUAGAUGUGAAGACAAACCAGUCCUCUUCUGGAUUUCCCAAGCAUAUCUUUCACUCAAGCCUAGGAAUUCCUUAGCAUGAGCUUCAUUCAUGAAAAAUAUAGGUGUUGUACUUGCUGACCCCCAGUUCCCAAAUACCCCAGCAAGGUUCCAUCUUCAUCCCAUGUGCCCCUUUGCUGCCAGUUGCUGGCAUCAUUCACCCCAGCUAGAUGAUUGCUUUCUUAGUGUCUCUCAUUGCAGCAGUGUUCUUUGGUCUUCUCAGGAGGAUUUUUCUGGGAAUGUCUUCAGCCUUAGCCCUGAGAUGCUUCUGAUCCAUCCCCUAAUCCUUCUGCUGCCACCAUCUCCAUCCCUUUUAGAUUCUUCUUCUCUGCCUCAUGGAAGGGGAAAAAAAGAUGCAGCCAGCCUAAUCAGUCACUCCUCUCUAAACUCCUCCACCCCACAAUCCUCUCCAGUGGCCCUUAGUUUUAAUCUUUGUUUGGUGUCUAAGCCAGUCUUCCUUGGUACCAAAAGCACCAGGUUAUUGCAUGAGGAAGUUUAGGAUUAAUGGGUUGACUACCAGUAUGAAGGACCUGGAUAGUCCUGUGUGAAUGGGGAGAACGAUGUAAAAGAUAGCCUAGCUCAGGGAAGGUGGCAUGGAAGAAUACACAUUGCCCAGAAAGCCCACUGGGCAGUCUGGAAGGCCGGUGGCCGCAAACACAUCUUACCCUUCCUAUCCUACGAACUGUUUGUCCUGGGCCCAGAACUUCAUGUCCCUUUUCCAAAGUGCUUUCCAUACAUGGCUGUGCAUGUGCAUGCUGCCUUUAUAUUGGCUCUAGUCCCUUCCUUGGUGGAAGUUGGAAAGGAACAAGUUAGAGGGUCUUUAUGGUUUUCCUGUUCAGGAUGCUCAGGAAGAAUGAAACAGGGAUCAUCAUUGAGCUCUUUGCUGACCCCGCUUUCCCUUGGACUUCGUAGACUCAUCCUCCAGACAGAAACUCUCAGGAACUUGUAUCCUGAACUGGGUAUCUGCUCUUCCUUUCCUACUUUGAACUCUCCCAGCUCCAAGGGAGGGUCCUUCCUUCCCUACAGUGGCUGAUUCUUCAUUGGUCCCACUCUAGGACUAUUUUCUUGUCCCAUCAUUUCCUCUUGUCUCAGAUUCCAUGGUAGCCUCUUUAAGGAAAAGGGGGAGCUCCCCAGUAUUUACAAUUUUGAUGGCUCUCUGACUGGAUAAGUCUUACAGGACACAGGCUUUCAAAAUCUUGGGCAACGCUUGUCAUUGUCACUUACCACUUCUGGGCAACUAUCCCUUAGAGGCUAAAGAAUUGCUCAUACCAUCUCUCUGGGUCAGAGUGUAGGAAUCCAGCCACGGUCGUGCUCCAUCUUAAGAACACUCUGGUCUUGCCUCGUCUCUUUCCAAAGGGGUGGCACAAGGAAUGAGAUGAGAGGAAUGGAGAGAGGUCUCAGGGAUUUGAAAAGGCUAGAGCACUUUUUGAAAAGAGACAGACCUAAAUCUGUGUUUGGCCUGAAUUUUGAAGUUUGGUGGAGAGCUGAACUAUUGACAUUCUACUGUGAGGGAGUCCCCCUUUCUCUGCUUUUUAACUAGGCUCUUUUCCUCUCUGGAUGAGAGGACCUUGUGCCCAAAGGGAAGUGCUAAGUCCUGCAUUGGGUCAGGAUACUGUAACUCAACUUCUCAUUUUGUUACAAAAACCUAAAAGCUGCUUUGAGCAGAGCUUUUUUUUAAUCUUUUGUAUUAGUUUCUAUUAUCAGUGGUGACUUGGUUCCUGGGCACUGUGGCAGGCCAGGACUUUUGUAAGAAUUUUUUCAGUGACUCACUGAAACCGUUUCCUUCCCGCCCCCUCUCCCUCAGUGUAAUCUAAGUGCAUUAAACAUGUUUGCAGAA